AUGAGUUAUGAAGGAGAAGGUAUGAGUAAUCUUUUUUAUAUAAAUGAUUACAAAAUAAUUGAUAAAGAAGUUCAUAGAAAAAAUGAAAAUUAUAUGGUUCAUAUCAAAACACUUUCUCCUGAUUAUAGAAAUAUUGAUGAUUGUAUUGGAAGAAUGUUAUGGGAAGGAGAAGAAAUUUUAGGAAAUUUUAUGUGUAAUGAAUUUGUUGAAGGUAAAAGAAUUCUUGAAGUUGGUGCUGGAGUUGGUUAUGCCUCAUUCUGUUGUAAAGGGGCAAAAGAAAUAGUCAUAAGUGAUUAUUUAGAUGAUAUCCUUCAAUUGGAACAAGACAAUAUUGAACUUAACAAAGAUGUUAUUCCUAAUGUUCAAUCAAUAAAAUUAGAUUGGUUUAAUGUUGAUUUAUUAAGUGAAAAGUAUGAUUAUAUAAUAGGUUCUGAAAUAUUUUAUACAAAAGAAUUAGUUGAUCCUUUAAUGAAAACAAUUUCAUUUUUAUUAAAAAAGAAUGGAAAAUGCUUAAUUGUAAACAAUGUUCUUCGAUAUCUUAAUUGUGAAAAAGAAUAUUAUGAUGCUAUUCAAAAAUAUCAGUUAAAAGCAGAAUUAAUUCCAUUAAGUGAAGGAAAUGUUUGUUGUACUUAUAACAAAUUUAUAAUUACGCUUAAUUAA